AUGCGGCACUACAGAAACAGAUACAGGCAGGCAGGAAAAAGGAAAAAACGUGGAGUAGCAGGAGAGGGUCAGCUCCAUUCCUCCACACUGCAGCACUGCCAGGAGCUGGCUGUGAUGGGUCUGUCUCAUAACUUGCUGCACAAACUUCCCCCAGGUUUGAAGAAUUUCCCUGAAACUAGAGCACUCAGACUGUCGAACAGCCUGGAGGAGUUCAUACACCAGAUCUGCUGCUCACUGUCCCUGCCCCAUGUUUUUGUAACGAACUCCAGACUAUGCACUGUACCUCUGUCCUUCACCAGAUUAACCAGUGUCAGGAUACUACAUCUGAAUGAAAACUGUUUUGAUAACUGUUCUAAGGGAGUAUGCACUAUGAAAAAUGUGAAAAUACCUGCAGAGGUGAAGGAACUGACUAAUUUUAAGUGCCUUUGCCAGUGUGAAAACCAAUUCAGUAUCUUUCAAAAGGAAAUCUUUCUCCUGGAGUCAUUAGAGAGAUUAUAGUUGGGACAAGAUAAAGGCAUUAAAUUCACAAGUCUGUCAGAAGACAUCAGAUUGCAAGAACUGCUCACCCAGAACAAUUACCUGUCAUCACAGCUGCCCAAGGACCUGGACAGUCUUAAGCAGCUGGAGCAGGUCCUGGUGGAUGGGAGCCCUAUGACAGACCCUCCAACUGAAGUAUGCUCUUAGGGAACAUUUGUCAUCUGGGAACACUUACGGAAAAAAGGCAUUAAAAGGCCAUGA